GCAGUCGCGACGCUCCCCCGGCCACGCGCAGUCGCGACGCUCCCCCGGCCCCUUUUCUUCUUUCUUCUUUCUUCUGUCUUCUUCCUCCUCUCUCCUCUCUUCUUCCCUUCUCUCUUUGCUGCAUGCUUUCUUCCCUGGUUGCACAAGAACAGCUCGAAAACUUCAGCAUAUUUUGCAGAUCCCUAGUGAUUUAGCCAAUAAAACUUCAACAUUUUGCUGCUAUUAGUUGAGGGAAGCUCGAUCUACAGAUGGGUUAGGUUUUGGAGAGGAUUGGUGGUGUUGUUUAGCAGCAAUGGUGAUGAAGUGGUGGAGGUUGGUGGUGGUGUAAGGGGCUGAGCUGCUGCUGGUUCGUGGUGGCGCUGAGGUGCCGCGUGCUGUUCGUGCUGCUCGUGCUGCUACAGUUGGAGAGGCUGCUCACGCUACAAGGAAAUGGCAGGAAGAUCAUUGCUCAAUAGGGACAUUGAGAGGGCGCACCGUGCGGCCAAGCUAGAGGCCAACCCUAAUAGCUUGUCACCAAUGGUGACACGCGGGGGUAAUCAAAAUUGGCAGAUACACCCCGGUUGGGUUCAGAGGUUGAAGUGGGCUGGACUUCUACCUUUUGCACGGUUGGUUGAGGCCACUAGGUCAGAGGUCAUCGGUGAGCGAGUAGGCACACCGAUCAAGCGCCUUCAGCAGGACCACUCCCUACUGACCAGCCUGGUGGAUCGGUGGAGGCCCGAGACACACACGUUCCACUUUCGAUGGGGAGAGAUGGCCCCUACUCUCCAGGACGUGUCUUUCUUACUGGGCCUACCGUUGGCGGGUCAGCCCAUAGGCCCACUGGCAGAACCAGUGCUUUGGGAUCAAGAAAUGCCUGCACGUUUUGAGGGAACUCGUGCGGGCCAGACUGAGUUUCUCUGUGAGGACCACGGUCCAAAGUCUGACUGGUUACUGAACUUCGAGGUUUCACAGUUCACACCGCCGAUGAGUGAGGCACAAAUCACUAGGAGUCUCGAGGCGUACAUAUUGUGGCUGCUUGGGAAGGUCAUGUUCACAGAGAACCAUCAGACCACCAUCAACAGGCGCUUCAUCCCCAUUGCACUCGAGAUAGCAGAGGCACAAACCGCCGACGACAUCAUACAGCGGAGUUGGGGUUCCGCGGUUUUAGCAGCCACAUACCGAGGUUUGUGCAAUGCUUGUACACUUGUCUCUCCCAAGUCUGGGCUUCUUGGCUGCCCACUGUUCUUGCAGCUGUGGUCCUGGGAGAGGUUCCCGAUUGGUCGGCCAGACAUAGAUGCUGAGCGCCCUUUCGGGGCAAACGAGUUGGCUGAUCCGGACCACAUCGACAUGCCUACUUUUGGCAUACUUUGGACACGUCGCGAGAGACGAUUUGCUCGCGACCAGGUCAGGAACUGCUACCCUGCGUUCACCGAGCAGUUCGACGUGCUCGAUGAUAGGGCGGUGAUCUGGCAGCCCUAUAUGGCCGCCGCCGUGCAUGCAAGGUACCCCGGCGGGAUCUCUAACCUCUGCUAUAGAGAUUGUGCGUACUGGAUGACACAGUCGAAGAUCAUCUUCGAUGUGUCCGUUGAGAUAAUGUCCCAGCAGAGGAUCAUGAGGCAGUUCGGCUCUCGGCAGCUGGUCGAUCCUCCACCACCGAUAGCGCCUCUCCCUGCCUACGUCCACAAGUACAAUAGGAAGGGUACUAGCCACUCCUCGACAUGGUGGCUUCAGCGCGUUGGCUCGUAUGUUGCUGAGUGGGAUGGCGCGACAACACACGUCUGGCCGAACGAUGAGCAGUUUGACCCACAGGAGUUUGACGCAUAUCUGCAGAGGUACACUGCAGCCACGCGAGUGCGCCUCAUCCAGCCGACUGAUCCAGCUGAGGCGCCACCUGCGUCUAUGCACGAUAUGUACCCGAUUCAGUCCACAGCCGGUAGUCGACAGCAUGCGGGUCAGCUGACUGCAGACUUACAGGAUGAAGUCGCUCGGUACACACGUCAAGUGUCCAGUGCGCCUCUUCUGCAGCGUGACCAACAUGUGUCAUGGUUGAGACGACUCGAGGACAAGCUACGCGGGAUCUACUCGGCUAUCACGUGCAGCCGUAGUUCCGACGUCGUUCAGCACCACCUCCUUCCACCGCGACCCUCCACACAGCAGCAGCGACGGCCACAUCUCACACCGACCGUGACACCCAGACCACCGCCUCCUGGCCGGGCAGGAGGUUCGUCGUGGCAGCAGCACACUCCUUCCGUCGACGACUAUCAGUACCAGCAACACGGAUCACGGCCUCGUCUCACGCCGACGGCGACACCCAGACCACCACCUCCUGACCAGGCAGGAGGUUCGUCCUGGCAGCAGCAUCACACUCCUUCCUUCGACGACUUGCAGUACUAUCAGCAGCAAGCUGCUUUCGACCAGUGGCAGCAGCAGCAAGCCCCUUUCAUGGGAGGAGCAGGAUACACACAGGGAUACACGCAGCACACUGCGUCCAAUCCUUCAUGGGGAGCUAGUGAUCAGGAUCCUGAGCACAUGGAGUAUUACAGCACACAGCAGAACUAUGUCGGUAUGCAGACUCCUCCACCAGAGCCCACACAGGAGACACAGUACGACCCCGAGUCCGGUUCCUGGAUCCCUGCUCGCAUAACCAGGGCUCCGGACAGGUUCGGUUGGACACCCCGUGCUACGCCGCCCCCACGAAACCCUAGACGCCGUCCAUAAUCUCAGAUAUUUAUGUAUGCUAUGUAUCAGAUAUUUAUGUAUGCAUUAUGUAUCAGACUUUAUGUAUGAACUAUGUAUCAGUA